ACUCCUCACAAAAUUUAUAAUGGACAGGACUCUGCAAAACAUCAUCAGAUACACUCAAAAAUAUGUUGAUCCCUACCAAAAUUGUCAAUUUGAUCGAUAUACCUUUAACUACACCAGAGAUCUUCUUGGUGAGGGAUCUUUCGGUAGGUUAUAAUUCUUAAGACCAUUAGUGUUUAUCGAGGAAUCUCAGGAAAUUCCUAUGUCGCCAUCAAGAUUCUCAAUCUCAAGCUCUACAACAACCCAACCUAUAGACAAGCACUCAAAAAUGAAAUCGUCCUUAUGAUGGAACUCUAAAAUCCCAAUGUUGUCAGAAUUUUAGACGUAUUCACUUGUCACUAAUUGUAGGCGUUAUGCGAUAAACAAGACAAUGAACUGUUUUUAAUUAUUGAAUAUUGUGAAGGAGGUGAUCUGCGUCGCCUUUUGUCUCAUUAACCAAACUAAAGAUUUCAAGAAUCUGCUGCUAUUGCUAUCAUCUCGCAAACUAUUUAAGGAUUAACAGAAUUAUUGCAUAAAAAUUACAUGCAUCGUGAUAUCAAAGUAUUAAUUCAACAUAAAUUCAGCCUGAUAAUAUUUUACUUAAGUAAAAUACCUAUAAGGUUGCAGAUUUUGGCUUAGCUGCAAAAAUACCCCCCAAAUAGGUCUUAAGAUGUAUUACUUUCCUUUAUGCUUACUCUAGCCCAAGUUGGUACUCCUUUGUACAUGUCACCUUAAGUUUUAGAAUGCAAAGAAUACACAAAUAAAUGCGACAUUUGGUCCUUGGGGUUGGUCUUGUAUGAACUCCUCUUUGGGAGAACUCCAUGGUUAUGCAGGAGUUUCGAUACUUAUUUAAUUGAAAUCAAAACUAAGCCCUUGCAAUUCCCUUAUGAGAUUUAAGUUUCACCUCAAAUCAAGGAUUUCAUUAAGAGAUGCCUAAGGAUUGAGGAAUGUAAUAGGAUGAGUUGGGCCGAAUUACUGAAGCAUCCCUUAUUAUAAACGUAAGGGAGAUUGAAAAGAUAAGCUACUUAGGAAAGAUUGGAUUUUACAGUUUUGGAAAGAGAAUACUUAUAUAACAUAUAAUUAGUAUGCUCUGAGCAUAAAAUUUAAGCAAAGGACUUGAUGAAAUAAUGUGGCAAGACUCAUAUAAAUUAAUAGGAAUUUCAGAAUAUGUUGAGGAAGAUUAUGAAUUCUGAAGACGAAGAUGUUGGUAGGAAACUAUUUGAAAAAUUUGAUUAUUCAAAGGACGGUCUGAUAAGUGCUCAAGAAUUCGAAUAUUUAUUCAGUGAAUACGAUUUUGCACCUCUGAAGUCCAUAGCCGUUUAAAUCAUAUACGAAUUGUAGGCCAUUAUCAAAAUAUAUUAAAUACCAUUGCCGUAAUUAUUCAAGCAGAUGGAUUAAGAUAAAAAUGGGUAUCUUGAUGUAAAGGAGUUCGAAUUCCUCAUUAAGAAGAUUGCUCCAAAAUUAUCGUAGGAAAACAUUGUAGAGAUAUUCAAAAAUUAUGAUCAAGAUAAUGAUGGCAAAAUUAGUCUUAAAGAAUUACAAUUUGUUCUCCAAAGUAAGAAUUACCAAAAAUUAAAAAUCAUUUUGAAUAGAAUUCGUGAAACACUGAUGAAAAAAUCAGUGUCUGUUAGUACAUUGUUUUCUUAAGUGGACAAGGAAAGGAAGGGGUACAUCAAUUUCAAGGAUUUUGAGUAUUUACUAGGCAAAUUAGAUAAAUUGAGCAAAUGUGAUAUUUGGGAUCUUUUUACUUUGUUUGAUGAGGAUGGAAAUGGAUAAAUAUCUUUAAAAGAGUUUAUGGCACUGCUAAAUUUAUGA